AUUUCCUUUUCAAAAACUCCGCAACGUGUCACCACUUCCGCUCUUAGCGCCUUCAAAAUAAGAGCUCAAGGCAUAUACUGUAUAACGGCUUAUAACAGGAAGUUAACAUCACAAAGAGGCAAGUCCAUAAAAAUAGGUUGUAACGCCCGAAUAAGUUUUUCAACUUGUUUAAGUCGAGGUCCACGUUAAUCAUUUCAUGGUGUAACUACACUUGUUGUCUUUCCUCACAACGCCGGGGGGAAAAGUUUGAUUAUUCCCAUACUGGAGAAGGCGUAAAACGCACCACCAUUUAUGACGUCAGGGCUUCCGGUACACUUCAGGGCUUUGUGACGUCAGCAUCGUGGGGCUUUGAACCUGCAGAUAGACACAACACACUUCCUAUCAUUCUUCUGCUACCGUGAGGACCAAAUGGACUCCGAGCUUCCACACUUGCUGCCUGCAGCUGCCACUGAGAUGGAGCCUCAGCAUGAGAUGGAGCCUCAGCAUGAGAUGGAGCUCCAGCACAUGCUCACUGACCUGCAGAAGAAGUGUGACACUUAUAAGUCCAACUAUAAUGUUCUGAAGCACGAACAUUCCAGCUUGCAGGAGGAGGUGAAGCAUCUCCAGGAGGAGGUGAAGCAUCUCCAUGGCCAACAGGAGAAGCUGCAGUCGCAGUUGUGUGAGUGCUCAGAGGAGCUGCAGGACAAGAUGAGGGAGAUGGAGAAGCUGCGACUGCAGGUGAUGACUCCUCAACAUGUGGAGUUGCUGAAAGUUCAGAUGCAGCAGGAAAUGGACCAGCCGGUCAGGGAACAUUUCCACAAACUGGAAGAGGAGGCCGAGAAGUACAGGUCAGACUUCAACAGGCUGCGUUACGCCUCCACUGUGCUCAACACCCAGUUUGAACACCAGGAGGACCAACAUGCUGGCGUACUCGAACGCCAGCGGCUGCGCUACGAGGUGGAGAUCGCUCAGCUGAGGAAGGAGAAGGAGAGCCUGUUGGCCCAGUACCAGCAUUCUGACCCUCUGCAGGACAGGAAACAGCUGGAGAUGGUCCUCAAGGAGAAAACCCAGCUCACCAUGUGGGUCAAGAGUCUGCAGGCGGAGGUGGCUGAGUUGCAGGUCCGGAAGGACAACUCUGACCAGCAGGUGGAGAACAUUCAGCUCUCCCAGAACCGGCAGCUGGCAGAAUCUCAGGCUCUGGUCAAAUCUCUUGAGGCGGAGCGCCAGUCUUUGGACCUGCGAGUGGUGCGCAUAGAGGGAGAACUGAACCUCAGCCAGGAGCAGCACAGCCAGCUGACUGGACAGUUGCACAAAGCCAAAAGAGAAGUUAGCGCCCUCACAUGCCAGAGGCGCUGCUGAACGAAAGGGGGUCUUCUCCACCGCUGUGAAAUAAGUCCGCUUUGGCAUCUUUUUCCAGAAAAGUCCCAUCUCAUCACAAUUAAAGAGGAACUGCACUUUUUUUGGGGUUGUAUUUAUCAUUCACAAUCCUUAUGUUGGACUAGAAUAUGUUUUAGUUUUUUGAUGUAUUGUAAGUAGUAACAUUUGCAAGUGAGAGGUGGCUAACAAUGCAGAUCAUUAAAUCCUUCUAAGAAACAUUCCAGAAGCAACAACAAUACUCUAGUGUCCUCAAUAUUAACAAGUAAUAGCAACAUUGUUAUUACAAGCGCUAACGCCAAGGAACUACUUUUAGCAGCGCCGUGAUCACAGAGAGCUAACUAGCUUAUGCUGCUAUAUUGACAUAUUGAGCUGCUGCGUCGCCUCUGAGUUGCUGAAAGUUAAUUGUAGA